AUGCUGUUUGCCAGCCAGGCGCAGGCGGAUCUGCAGCUGAUGUUUCAACGAGCACGCAACCGAAAGCAGGCGAUUGAUUUGGAAAGCAGCGACGUCGAGGAGGAGAUCAACGUGGAGGAUGACGACGACGGCCACAAUGAGGACGAAGACGAAGAGGACCAGGAAGAUGAGGAAGACGAGGAGGACCUGAAUGCUGAGGUGAAUGUCGACUCGGACAAGGACGACUUUGAGAAGGUGUCCGUUCUGAAGAAUGGCCACUCUCAGAAGAGAAACUCCAGCAAAAGGGCCUUUGAACCGGACUCUGGUAGCUCUAAAGCAGAGAACAAAGUUUUCAAAUCUGAGCCUGGCUCUCCAGAUAAAAAUGGUGACUCUGCUGAUAGAAAGUCAGGCAGUCGAGCAGGCGUGAAGAAGCAGCCUAAACGAAAGUACUCCACCAGCACAAAUGCCUCCGAGUCACAGGAGGACAACAAUUCAGUGGACGUGGACAGUGAUGAUGCAGGCGGUGGUGGUGGUGGUGGUGGCGGUGGUCAGGCAGGCCUCACCACCUCCUUUCCACCGUUGCUCGACACUCGAAUGAUCUCUGCCGAGAGCUCCCCAGGGGACAGGCAGCAACUCAGCCACAGCCACAACCACAGCACCAACAGCAACAGCCCAACUGGCCAGCGGCUUCUCGCCAAUGGCAGUCCAAAUGGCUCUAACCACUCCAACGGCUCGUGCAAUGGCUCCACCGGCUCCAACAUGUCCUGGGGACAACUUUCCCUCAAGUCUAAUGGUUCAAAUGGCUUCUGGCGACCAUACUGA